UCAGCAAAUACAAUAGUUGAUAAAGAACUUGCGCAAAGGCCUCAUAAUGAUAAACAUGCUUCUACCAACCUUGAUCCUGGUCAUGAACCCAACACUACAUCUCUUUCUCAAAGUAAUUCAAUGAUACUUUCGCAAGAGGAACAGAAUAACUUGUUUGAUAUUG